AUGGCACGUGGUCAUCAAAAAGUCCAGUCUCAGCAGAAGAAUGCCAAGAAGCAAGCCGAGGCCAAGAAGGCCAAAGGACAUGACCAGAAGACGGCCGCCAAGGCAGCUUUAGUGCACACCUGCGGUGUCUGCCUGGUGAGUUCCUUAUUAAAGAAAAGUGGUUGCUUUUCAAUCGGGGACUAUGAACCAUUUGAAGUUGGGUUGCAGGAUCAAGGGGUCGUAUUCAUUAGUGCUCCCCGUAACAAAACGUAGUACUGUUUUUCAAUAGAAAACGUUUUCAGUCCGUUUUCUUCCGUUUGGUGUCUAGUGAAUACGACCCUGGUGAUCAACAGUAGGCCAGGGAGUGCAGCUGCUCUGUGGUAGCUCUGCUGCUGCUCUGUGGUAGCUCUGCUGCUGCUCUGUGGUAGCUCUGCUGCUGCUCUGUGGUAGCUCUGCUGCUGCUCUGUGGUAGCUCUGCUGCUGCUCUGUGGUAGCUCUGCUGCUGCUCUGUGGUAGCUCUGCUGCUGCUCUGUGGUAGCUCUGCUGCUGCUCUGUGGUAGCUCUGCUGCUGCUCUGUGGUAGCUCUGCUGCUGCUCUGUGGUAGCUCUGCUGCUGCUCUGUGGUAGCUCUGCUGCUGCUCUGUGGUAGCUCUGCUGCUGCUCUGUGGUAGCUCUGUUCAAACAGUUUCCUAAAUACAGCAGCUAUUGUUUUCCAACCAGAUUUCUCAAUCAUGCUUCAUUUGUUAUGGUUUGUUACUUAACACAAUUGUUGUGGUGGUAUUUCACCCUUUUUUCUGUUAAAAUAGCAACAUAAUCCUAUGAAAUAAAUUGAAUGCAAAUGAUUGACGACCCUGUCCUGUGCAUUGCCUCUACACAGUCACAGAUGCCGGACCCCAAAACCUUCAAGCAGCAUUUUGAGAGUAAACACCCCAAGUCCCCCAUGCCCCCAGAGCUGGUCGAUGUAGACUCUGGCAUCUGA